AUAAGUGAUUUUUAGAUAAGUGUCUGUCUCAGCGUUUCGUCGUGCUUCAUUCAGAUCUAAAGUCACCUUUCGACAUGCCGCGAUUGGCUCACUUGGUGGAAGACAAAUUGUGUUGAGUUCUCACCGUAAAAGUCAUCUAUCUUGUUUACACAGUUGACUCUCGAAGAAGAACAAUGGAAUACCUAUUCUAAGUUUGUGGAGUUUCAGUUCUCUUCUUCGAGCUUCUCUUGUUACUGGUAAUUUGAAUGGUUGUCAGCACAUAUCAGGCAGCUAGUGGUGCUGCUGCUGCAAUGGAAGAGCUUGAACUGCAGACACGUGAGGUCCUGGAGGGCAAAAGGCCAACUUGUAAUAUUUUUAAGCAACAGUACGCUUUUAAUUUGUUCUCACACAAUGCACCUAUUCUCUCAAAUGGAUAUAAUGAAGAGGAAAUGAAAAUGGUGAAGGAGACUAGAAAAAUUUGGAAUGAUCCAAAUGUCAAGGUGACUGCCACUUGUAUUCGAGUCCCUGUGAUGCGUGCACAUGCUGAAAGCAUUAAUCUACAAUUUGAGAAGCCACUUGAUGAGGACACUGCAAGGGAUAUUCUGAAGAGAGCUGCAGGUGUGGUGAUUAUUGAUGAUCGAGCUUCUAAUCAUUUCCCUACCCCAUUGGAGGUGUCAAACAAAGAUGAUGUUGCGGUUGGCAGGAUACGCCAAGAUCUAUCUCAAGAUGGAAAUUAUGGGUUGGAUAUCUUUGUUUGCGGUGAUCAGGUAUGCAAGGGAGCUGCUCUUAACGCAGUACAGAUUGCAGAGAUGUUGUUGUAGUUUGCAGUUGAUUCUAAUAAAUGAAUCCCCAUUAGAGAUGCACUUGUUUCUUGGAUUUAUGUAAACUGUUAUGACAAGGCAAAACCAUUUGAGUGGUUUAUGAUGAUGUAUCACUGUGAACAAUCAAAAUCUACGGGUAAAUUCUUGGGUUUGGUUAUUUUCUUUCCCAAGACAUGUGAUUCAA